UUUUGGUGCAAAAUAUACCACAGAAAACAUCCAUAGAAAAAGUGAGAUUAUAUUUUGAAAACCAUAGGUCAGGUGGUGGAGUAAUAGAGAAGGUUGUUAACCUUCAUGAUGGGGUGGUUAUUAUGUUUCAAGAUGAUAAAUAUGUCCAAAGCACGCUGGAAAAAGUUCAUUAUUUGGAUGACACUCGAUUGAAGAUAGUUUCCAGGUUCAUUCCUCCUUUAUGUGGAGAUAGAUUUCUUCUUAGUAAUGUUGGGAAAGGAACUUCUUUAGAUACGGUUGAAUUAUUGCUUGAAAAUUGUGACAAGCCCAAUCAACGCUGCCCUGAACUAAUCCCAUGUAAAAUUGAAGGACAGUAUCUCGCUCUUUAUAAAGAACCAACAGAACUGUAUGAAAUCAGGGAAAUAACAAAAGAAAUAUCAAGAAAUAAAUUAGAGGGUUGUGCCUUGAAGGCUACACUUAUGCAACCAACAAAUGCUUUAUUAGUGGAAGGCAUUCCUGGUGAUUCUUCCAAGGAAAAUAUUGAAACCUUCUUCAACAACUGUGCUAAUAUAGAAAAAGAUAAAGUUACAACAGUUGACUUGUGUUCUGUAAACACUGCUGUUGUCAGCUUUGCAGAUUGCCAAUGUGCUGAGAGUUUAUGGGAACAUUGCAAACGCACAACUUUACAAAUGAAUAGAUGUUGCUUGAAAAUAUCACUCUACUAUCAUCAUCUGCAAUCAAAUCAUUCUGAAACUAAUAAUUCUUCUGAUCAUCGUGAGAAAACUUUUGUAGAACCUCAAUCUUCAAGUGCUGAAGGCAUGUCCAUGAAAUCUGUAGUUAGUUCUGUGCAAAAUGAAGGUAGCUACAUGAUUACCAGUGGUUCAGAUAUUCUGAAUUAUCUUGGAUUUGCCAAAUUAAAUAAGAACCUAAGAACAGAAUUUUCUCAAAGAGCAAACAUUGUUUUGUCAGUUGCUGAUGAUUCUGUUUACAUUCAAUACACUAUGAAGGAUGAUGAGGACCCACAAAGUUUGUUGGAAGAUUUUGACAAAUUCUUUUCUAAUUUUUCAUCACAAUUAGUGAGUGGCAAUGACGCUGAGUUGUCCAAACUUCGUUCUUUAUUUAACUGGACAGAAGAUGAAGAAAAAAUAAAACUUAAAAUUGAUUCAACCGUGAUGCAUGUUUUUAUUCGGUCGACUACUGAUGGUGUUCAGAUAACUGGACAAAUGAAACAAGUUGAUGUAGUUGUAAAAGAGUUUGAACGAUUGUUGAAUUUAAAAACAGUGACUCUUCCAAUUUGUGAAUCUUACUACAAAAGGCUAAUGAAGCAUGAAGCAUUAAAUACUUUGAUGGUAAAUAAUGGAAAGGUUGAAGUGGCGUGUAAUUCAACCGAUUAUUCAGUGACAUUUACUGGAUCUGCAAAGGAUGUAGAUCAAGCUGAAUUAUGUUUCAUGAGGAAAUUUAUGUGUUUGGAACCGAUCCCAGUUGAAAAUCAAUCUGUCUCUGUUCAAGUUGAAAAUUUAGAUUUCAUGAAAGACUGCCAUGUACAAACUGAGUUAAACACAGUCCAGAGUUGUGAGACACAAACAACACCAAUGGUGGGAGAAACGUCAAGUACUGAAACUCAAACCAAAAACAUUGAGUUCAUGAAAAACUGUCAUGUACAAACCGAGUUAAACACAGUCCAGAGUUGUGAGACACAAACAACACCGAUGGUGGGAGAAACGUCAAGUACUGAAACUCAAACAGAACAAUGGCAAGAGCCUGCCUUGGUCAGACAAAAUACUGGUGCACUUCCUGCAAGUAAUAAAGAAACCUACCAGACAAUCGCUGAAAAGUUUCAAGUUCUAGGUCGGGAAGUGUUUUUGAAGGAGAAUGCAGAAUCUGCAGUCCUUCAGAAAUAUUAUGUGGACCGUCAUCUUUAUGAUUUUUUCAUUUUAACUCACAAUACGGAGGAACUUUGGUUAGCAUAAUGUUUGUACUUAAUCACAGCUUGCUGUGUAAAACACCAUUUUACAGGGCACCAUUCCAAUGUAAUGAUAUUCAUUUAAUACCAAUUGAUGAUCGUUAUGAAAUUACUUUGGCAAAGUGGGCCAAAUAUAUUUCAGAAUGGAAUUCGAUUGCAACGAAUGUUUUGUCUCGCAUCGAAAAUUCCAGAGAAAAUCUAUGCUUUGUGGAGAGAGAAGUUACUCUUUGUGAUCAGAUAAAAGUGGACGAUCUGAACCAAUUAAUUGAUCAGUUUAUGACCGAUACAACUUUUUUUUGUGGUCAGCGACAACAUAUUCAAAAAAUAAUUUUGGUGUUCAUUUGUGAAAAGAAGGAGUGGGGUGAAUUUAUGUCUGCAUUCAGACACUUUCGAAAGAUCCUACCAGGUUCAAUGAAACGUGUGUCGAAGUCAAACCCUCAACCAAACCAAACUUCCUCAGAAGUGGAGGGUGAAAAAGAGGAUGAAAAAGAACAAUGCUUGAUUUGUUUGAAUGAUAUUACUGGUACAAAAAUAAAGACACUUCCAUGCAAACAUAGAUUUCAUAAAACCUGUGUUAACCAAGCAUUAAAGGUCAACAACCUUUGCCCAACAUGUAAACAUGCUGUGGGGAAAGUAAAAGGCAACCAACCUAAUGGAAGGAUGAUACAUCAUACACAGCAACACAUCCAUCUUCCUGGAUAUGAACAAUAUGAUGCCAUUGUGAUUGGGUAUCGUUUUCUAAGUGGAACACAAGGAGUACACACUUUUAUAGAAUUUACUUAUAAAUCUAACCUAAAUUGUUCAUUGUCUGGAUUGUUUAUAUCCUACUGCUAUAUUAUUAUUUUGAACAAGGCUUGACCACAUUUCAUUAGUAUAAAGAUAAUAAGGACCAAACACAUGCCCUCUUUAUGCUCAAACUAAGAAAGUUAUACAAACAUUUAUAUAUUAGUUAUAUACAUAUAUACUAGUUUUUUUGUUUUAUUUUAGUAUUAAGUUGUCUCAUCAAAAUCUUCCUAAACAUUUUGACAAAGUUUGAUGCCAUCAAUUUCAUGUUUUUUAUUUCAGCCCGAACAUCCCAACCCUGGUGUUCCUUAUUCUGCUGCAUUCAUGACAGCUUAUCUGCCAGAUAAUGGGGAAGGAAGGGAAGUGUUAAGAUUGCUGAAGAAAGCGUUUUUCGCUCGUUUAAUUUUCACAAUUGGAAGAUCAGUAACAACUGGAUUGGAUAACCAAAUUAUAUGGAACGGUAUUCAUCAUAAAACUAAUACUCAUGGUGGUGCAAUGGGGCUUGGAUAUCCAGAUCCUGAUUAUCUAAACAGAGUUAAAGAUGAACUUAGAGCAAAAGGAAUUCAAUAAAUUUGUCUGCUUGUGAUUUUAUUUUAUUUUUUUAGGAUAGUCCCCUGAAUUUUUAAUAACCGCCUUGGUGUGGGCUGUUUAAACUUUAAUUCUAUAUAUUCAAAAUUAAAGGUUCCGUCUUCAAAAGCACACUGGGACUCUCAUUUCCUAACAAUACAAUCUCUUCUAUGCAGAUACCUAUGAUGUAAUAUUUUGUCAGAAUUUGUUUUAUCGUUUUUAACAAGUAACCUUAUUUCUUAUACGAAUACCGUAAGUGAACAUGUAACCUAUAUGUUCAUGUUAUGCACUUUAAUUCUAUUUUUAAAAUAUUUUUACUUCAUUCGUUUUCAAUAAUUAAAUGUUUUUACCAUUUUCAAUUCAAAGUAGAAAAUGUUUGUAUUGAAAAAGAUCAAAUUGUCGUGGUAAAGUUUCAACUUUUAUAAUUAUUGUUUACACAUUUUAUUCAUUUCAGA